UUCAAAAGAAACAGAAUUGAUGUAACACUUGAAGCAUGAAUCUUACGGAAAUUACCGAACCAAAUCGGAUAUGGCGAUCAUGUACCAGUUUCAACCGGUUUACAUGUUUGGGAGUUUUCAUCACAAAUUGGACAAGAAAUCGAAUUGGAAGGACAGCAGAACAAGAAUUUGUUAUCAAAGCUUUAAAUGCAGAAACUAUAUUUUUAUAAAAGACAAAGAUGACUUUGGCAGACCAAGCAGCAAAAUUACUUGACUUUAAUCAAAAACUUGAUAUUACUCUUCUAGACAAUAUUGUAACAUGUAUGUACAAUGGAUCCGGACCGCAGCAAAGAACGGCUCAAGAGGUACUGACAACAUUAAAAGAACAUCCAGAUGCAUGGACCAGAGUAGAUACCAUUUUAGAAUUUUCGACAAACCAACAGACCAAAUACUAUGCAUUACAGAUCCUUGAAAAUGUUAUUAAAACUAGGUGGAAAGUUUUACCUCGAGCUCAGUGUGAAGGAAUAAAGAAAUACAUUGUUGGUCUUAUCAUCAAAACCUCAUCAGAUGCUGCAGUAUUAGAAAAAGAAAAAACUUACCUGGGAAAAUUAAAUAUGAUAUUAGUUCAGAUUUUAAAGUACGAAUGGCCGAGAAACUGGCCAUCAUUUAUUGGUGAUAUUGUUGGUGCCAGUAAAACAAAUGAAUCUCUGUGUCAAAAUAAUAUGGCAAUUCUUAAAUUAUUAAGUGAAGAAGUAUUUGAUUUCUCUAGUGGUCAAAUGACACAAGCCAAGGCCAAGCAUUUAAAGGAUAAUAUGUGCAGUGAAUUUUCUCAGAUCUUCCAACUUUGUCAGUUUGUUAUGGAUAACUCACAGAAUGCACCCCUUGUAGGCUCAACUUUAGAAACAUUACUUCGUUUCUUAAAUUGGAUUCCCUUGGGUUAUAUCUUUGAAACAAAACUUAUCAGCACAUUAAUUUAUAAGUUUCUUAAUGUACCACUCUUCAGAAAUGUGACAAUGAAAUGUCUCACAGAGAUAGCUGGUGUACAAGUAUCUAACAUUUAUGAUGAACAGUUUUUACAGUUAUUUACUCUUACCAUGAAUCAGUUAAAACAAAUGUUGCCUGUUGAUACCAAUAUAAGAGAAGCAUAUCAGUCUGGUACAGAUGAUGAACAGAACUUCAUACAAAAUCUCAGUUUAUAUUUAUGCACAUAUUUACGGGAACAUGCACAGCUAGUGGAGAAAAAGUUGGAUCUACAUCCCCUUCUUAUGGAUUCAUUACAGUACCUUUGUAUGAUAUCUGAAGUGGAAGAAGUAGAAAUCUUUAAGAUUUGUUUGGAAUAUUGGAAUUCAUUAGCAUCAGAAUUAUAUAGAGAAAGUCCUUAUUCAGCAAAUACCUCUCCUCUCAUCCUUAAUAAACAGCAUGGAGAAAUGCCUGCUCGAAGACAAUUAUAUAAUCCAGUUUUAUCAAAGGUGAGAAGAGUGAUGAUAUCAAGAAUGGCUAAACCAGAAGAAGUUUUAGUUGUUGAAAAUGAUCAAGGAGAAGUUGUAAGAGAAUUUAUGAAAGACACAGAUUCCAUUAAUUUGUAUAAAAAUAUGAGGGAAACAUUAGUUUACCUAACACAUUUAGAUUACUCUGAUACAGAAAAUAUCAUGACAGAAAAACUUCAUAAUCAGGUUAAUGGGACAGAAUGGUCUUGGAAAAAUCUAAACACGUUAUGUUGGGCAAUUGGUUCUAUUAGUGGUGCAAUGCAUGAAGAUGAUGAAAAACGAUUUCUAGUCACAGUUAUCAGAGAUUUAUUAGGGCUAUGUGAACAGAAAAGAGGGAAAGAUAACAAAGCUAUCAUUGCCUCUAAUAUUAUGUAUGUUGUUGGCCAAUAUCCACGAUUCUUACGAGCUCAUUGGAGAUUCUUAAAAACAGUUGUCAACAAAUUAUUUGAGUUUAUGCAUGAAACUCAUGAUGGUGUACAAGACAUGGCUUGUGAUACAUUUAUUAAAAUAGCACAGAAAUGCCGUCGUCAGUUUGUACAGAUACAGGUUGGAGAAGUUAUGCCAUUUAUAGAAGAUAUAUUAAAUGGUAUUAACACUAUUAUUUGUGAUUUACAACCUCAACAGGUUCACACAUUUUAUGAAGCUGUAGGAUUAAUGAUCAGUGCCCAGACAGAGCAAGCAGCACAAGAACACCUGAUAGAAAGGUAUAUGUUGUUACCUAAUCAGGUGUGGGAUGGUAUUAUUAAUCAAGCUACCCAGAAUGUAGAAGUGCUGAAGGAUCCAGAUGCAGUGAAACGACUGGGUAAUAUUUUAAAAACCAAUGUCCGAGCAUGUAAAGCUUUACAACAUCCAUAUGUUGUCCAGUUGGGAAGAAUCUAUCUGGAUAUGUUAAAUGUUUAUAAAGUAAUGAGUGAAAAUAUCAGUAGUGCUAUAGCUACAAAUGGUGAAAGUGUUACCAAGCAACCAUUAAUACGAAGUAUGAGAACAGUUAAAAAAGAAACAUUAAAGUUAAUAUCGGGCUGGGUUAGCCGUUCUGCUGAUCAUCAGAUGGUUGCUGAGAAUUUUAUUCCACCAUUAUUAGAUGCAGUGUUGUUAGAUUAUCAGAGAAAUGUACCUGCUGCUCGAGAACCAGAAGUUUUAAGUACCAUGGCCACAAUAGUCGAUAGACUAGAGAACCACAUAACAAAAGACAUACCACAGAUAUUUGAUGCUGUGUUUGAGUGUACAUUAACAAUGAUAAAUAAGGAUUUUGAAGAAUAUCCAGAACAUAGAACCAAUUUCUUUUUAUUGCUAAAAGCUGUCAAUUCACAUUGUUUCCAAGCUUUGUUGAAUAUCCCAGCAGCACAAUUCAAACUGGUGCUUGAUUCAAUUAUCUGGGCGUUUAAACACACCAUGCGUAACGUGGCCGAUACAGGAUUAGAUAUUCUCUAUGUAUUAUUACAAAGUAUUGCUAAACAUGAGGCAGCUGCACAAAGUUUUUAUCAAACAUAUUUUACAGAAAUAUUACAACAUCUAUUUUCUGUUGUGACAGAUAGUUCUCAUACAGCAGGUUUAACCAUGCAGGCUACAAUUUUAGCAUACAUGUUCAGCACAUUAGAAAGUGAUAAAAUAACAAUAGCACUUGGCGGUGCCAGCAGUAAUUCAAUCCAAAAUGUUACAUUUGUCCAGCAGUUUCUUCUCAAUUUACUCAAAACUGCUUUCCCACAUCUAAAUGAAUCACAAAUUGAAAUUUUCAUUAAAGGUCUAUUCAGUUUUGAUAGAGACUUUGCGGCUUUCAAGGAACAUUUACGAGAUUUCUUGGUUCAGAUCAGGGAAUUUGCUGGUGAAGAUUUGAGUGAUUUGUUUUUAGAAGAAAGAGAAGGAGCAAUCCGACAGGCACAAGAUGAAAAACGUAAAGUUCAGCUGUCUGUACCUGGUAUUUUGGGACCACACGAACUUCAGGAAGAUAUGCAGGAUGACUAGUUCACAUCAAGAUAUCUUAAGAAAAGAAAUGAGAUAUUUUCAAAUCAAAAUCUAGAUUAAUCAAUCAUUCGAAACAUGACAGAGAAUAGAGGAUAUUAUCACAUUAGUUAUAAAAUAGUGUACAACAGUGCUAAAAAUCAACUUAUGCUGAAAUGAUAAUCUGUGAACAGUUACCAUCUACGUUUAUAGUAUCAUGGAAGUGUCAGCUGAUAUCAAAAUAGAGAAUCAAGUUAGAAUUCCUGUAUACUAUAGAAACAAUAAAGACUGGGUUAGGUGUGUUGACUGGUCCUACUAGAUUGUGAUAAAUCAUUGAAUCAUGUCCUAGGGAUUUGUGUAAUGUGUAAGGAGGAUGUGAAAGCGAGACAUAAGAGAUAGAUUGAUUGUAUAUAUUCUGUGUUUAUAUUGUACGUACAAGUCGAUGUUAUUAUGUACAUUUAAUGUAUACUACAGACGAUGGGGUAAUGAGUUACCAUAGCAACAAUCAUUUAUUUCAAGUUCAUAUUGGACCAACAUUUAUCGUGGUAGUGAAGUUGGCAAUGGUUACACUAAAUGAGAAAAUGGACAGGACUUAAUCUUGCCUUGUUUUAGAGCCAAGAAGUGAGAGAGUCUACCACCACAAUGUUGUACUGAAUAAAUGAUAUUUUUUCCUUAUCAGGAAUGAAAAUUAUGUUUUUGUUAAAAUUGUCAUUUUACAUGAAAGAUAUUUAUUUCAUCUUCCAGUCAUUGUUUUUAUGUAUAGAAAUAUCAUCUGUUUGUCUUAUUACAUUGUUUGACAAUGCAUGAAGCUUAUUAUGUAUGUUGAAUUAUAACAUUUCAAAAAUGGAUGUUAAGGGCACACUGCAGUAAUUAUCACUUUUACCAAAAUUGAAAUGGCAAUCAACCAUUGAAUAAAGAUUGGAUGAAAUAAAGAGUUUUGAUCGGGUCAUAAUCACCAAAAAAAAAAAAUAAGAAACUAAAAUAUUUUUGAAAAUGCAUACAUUUCAGUGGACAAGAGCUAAAGUCUUGACCAAUGAACAGGUAGCAUUCCCAAAAUAUUUUUGUUUUUUUGAUCACCAGUUUUUUUGGGGGGGUAUGUUUGUUUUGUUUGUUUUUUUGUAAAGUAAAUUCUUGGAAUUACUUAUUUCACUUCAUUUUCUUUCUGAUAACCAGUACCACUUCAUUAAAGUCUGAUUAAGAUGAUUGUGCCUUUAAACUCUAUUUUUGUUUUUUAUUUAUAAGUUCUGUUGUCAUUUGUUACAUGACAGAAGGUUGUAAAAAGUUAACUUUGAUGGAUCUUUUAUAUAAAGAUUAAUAUAAUCUUUUUGUGGACUAAUUUUUUCUUGUGGGGAGUGAUAAUAAUAUAUUUUACCAUUUGGUAAUAUUAUUGUUUUUGUGUAAUUAUGACAUGUAUAAUAACAAUUAGAUGCUAGAAUUUCUGUUAUUUAGGGUCUAGGGAGUCACUUUCCAACUGCUUUUUUAAAAGGAUUGAGCUGUCAGCGCAGAUGCAGUUUUUUUGUUGUACUAAAUAGCUUUGUGCACAUUGCAUUAAAAUCUGUUAUUGACCUCAAGGGUUGAGAGAUUUAUUUCUUGUUUUGUUGACAACACAGUGAAAGACAUGAACUUAAUGUUUAGAGAUCCCUGAUCUCUUGUGUUCCUGAAGCAAAAUACUUUAUGGAUUAAAUGAUAAAUUUAUUGUUAGAAAAGCUAGUUUCUGAUAAUAAUUUUUUUUGACACAAUGCUUACGUAUUACAAAGUAAAAAUAUUACAUAGAAUAUUUAGUAUAUAUCUGAAUGGGAUUAAAUACUCAAUUAUUAACAUAAUUCUGUAAUCACUAAUGGAAAACAAGUCUUUUUAGCAUAUAAAAUGUUAAGUUGCCUUAAAUAUGAAAUUAAGAAAAGGUAUUCUUGUUAAAACUGAUUAUAAGUAAGCCUACAAAUAAUCAUGUAUAUUUUUUAAAUUUAUACAAAUUUCUUCUAAUUAACAUUUUGAACAUUCAAAAUUAUCAAUCAUUUAUUUAAAAUAGAAACCAAAUCAUAAGAUUGUCCAUUUGGAUGUUCAUUGGAAUACAUAUUUGUUACCGAGCCUAGAUAACUGUGAAUCUCUGAAAUAUUUGUUUUCACCAAAUUAUGUAGUACUGUGCAAAGUAUUAACUGUAAAUAUAUAUUUUGUCCUUUUGUGUAUUUUUAUUUGCCAAGUUUGAUAAUGCAGCAGUUAUGACAUCUAUUUGAUUAAAAUUUGACCUUGUUUGAGUUAAUUUCCAUUUAUCGCUAAAAUCAUUUUAAUGUAAUGCAUAGUCCAAAAUUAUUCUUGAAAAUCAAGUAAAUUUGAUGACUAAUAAAAAGUUUCCAAAAUUUUAA